ACUUCUCGGCGUUUUUGCUCUAGUAAACCAUCGCCUGACGCCUCUUUUCUCUGGUGCCUUUUCGCUCCCUCCCCGCGCUGGGAGGCCCAAAAAAGCUCAGGAACUCGCUUCAGUCCCCUUCAUACCUAAUCCCUGAUUAUUUCACUGUCUGUAAUCUUAGUUGCGCUCAAUUUUGAAUCUCUGAUUUAGGUCAAAGUUUCAAUUCCACCUUUACUUGAACGAUUCGCUGAUUUCUUUCUUAGAAAUGGCAGUUAUUUGCUUCUAGGGUUUCCUAGAUUUUCUUUCUCACUUUCCGAAGCCAAUAUUUACCUAAUCCUUAUCAGGAUUAUCAGAAUUGCUGAUAUGGCUAUUCGCGUCACCUUCACCUACUCUGGCUAUGUCGCCCAAAACAUCGCCGCCUCCGCCGGGAUCCGGGUUGGAAAUUGCCGCUCUCUCCACGAAUGUUGGGUUCGCUCACGCAUCUUCUCUUCGCCCACUGUUCAGAAUACCGAUUACGAACCACCUGCAACGCGUACCCGUGAUUUCCAAUCCGAUCACCGGCGCCCGAGCCAGAAGCCGAGUUCCUGGGCUAAGAGUUCGGCUUCGAUGUACAGUACCAUCGCCGGAGAAAUCUUUGGGGAUAACUAUAAGAGUUCGCUCACAAUCGGAUUGAUCUCGCUGAUGAAUUCAACUGCCGGUGUUUCAAAUUCAUCGUGCACUGGCGUUCUUGGCAUUUCACCAUUUAAAGCUGCUUCGAUCCUUCCCUUUUUGCAGGGAUCCAGGUGGCUUCCACGUAGUGAACCGGCUCCUGGCCCUAAGAGUUCCGAAAUCGAUAAAGGGGGAACGGUACAGUGCGUACGGAAUGAGAGUAUUAGCAAUAAUACUGCUACUGUGACGCUGGAGAUUAAUGGGAAGGAGUUUGACAAGAGUGGGGGCUGGUUAUCGAGAGUGUUAAGUUUUUGUUCUGAGGAUGCCAAGGCUCUUUUUACUGCUGCAACUGUUAGCUUCUUGUUCAAAUCGGCUUUGGCGGAGCCUAGAUCUAUACCUUCCACUUCUAUGUACCCUACCCUGGACGUGGGUGAUCGCAUUCUAGCAGAAAAGGUUUCAUAUAUUUUUAGGAAGCCUGAAGUUUCAGAUAUUGUGAUAUUCAAGGCACCUCCAAUCUUGCAGGAAAUUGGUUAUGGCUCUGGUGAUGUAUUCAUAAAGAGGAUUGUGGCAACAGCUGGAGACAUAGUUGAGGUUUGUGAGGGCAAGUUAUAUGUGAAUGGAGUUGUUCAAGAUGAGGAUUUCAUUCUAGAGCCACUUGCGUAUGAAAUGGAACCAGUGCUUGUGCCAGAAGGUUAUGUCUUUGUGAUGGGAGACAAUCGGAAUAACAGCUUUGAUUCCCAUAACUGGGGUCCACUUCCUAUCCAAAACAUAGUUGGUAGGUCAGUUUUUCGCUACUGGCCUCCCUCUAAAGUAUCAGACACCCUAUAUGAUCCAUACACACAAAAGAGUACUGCUGCGCCAUCUAUACUGCCACUGGGAUUUGGGGCUACAAUCGUCAUUAUGCACCACUGUCGUUCCAAAAGGAAAAGCAGGUCUCAGAUCUCCAAUUCGAUUGCAGUACGCGCGAGUAAGCCUGUUGAAUCAAUGGCUACAAAUCGUCGUCGUUUAGCCUUCUCUCUUCCCUUCCUCCUCUUCCAAUUCCUUCAAUUCCCAACUCUACCGCUAAUUCUUGCAUUUACUCUUCCGCACUCCAAUGAUACCCACGUCCUAGAGGAUGUUCUGAAGGAGUUAUCGGAAACGCAAAAUUGGGAUUUUCAAGGAAUUAGGACCUCCAAAUUGCGAGUUACUAGGGUUAGGUUUGGUACUGCUCAGAAAUAUGAGUUCCGUAUCCGAUUUGGAAAGACUGACUUGGUUUUCAAAUUCCCGGACGAAGUCGAUUCCUGGAACAAAUUCAACAAAGAAAGGAAUGAUUUUGCAGAUUUUGUUGCAGAGAUUGGUUCCACUGCUCUGCUGGACACCUUUAAAAUCGAGGGUCCAUUUGAUUUGCGGGUCGGUAACCAAGACGAGCUCUCUUUGUCGUUGCCGCUGAACGCUUCACAUACACGCUUGAAACGAGUACUGGUGGGUGAAGGCAUCACGGUAGAAGUAAAAGGAUCCCAGGAACUCUCUCUUCUUCAUACUGUUGACCAUAGUUUCACAGUGAACGGAAGUUUUGUAAUUAGCAAGAGGAAAACUGGUUUCUGCGCUUUUUGGAAGCCAUUGUGUAUGCCGCUACAUCCUAUAUACGUUAAUGGGUCUGCUUCGCUGAUUGCAUACAGGACUAGGAAUUCUGAAGCUCCUGUUGAAACAACUUUGUUAUCAAAAGGAACAAUUGAGUUACUUCCUGCCAAAUGUUACACUAACAAUGCCUACAAGAACCAUGCUCAGCUUAAUCCUUCCUUAAGUUUGAAGAUCAAUAGGCUGGGAAAAUUAUUGCGAAGCUUUCUUAGUGACACAUUGAGGAAAAGUUGGAAUUCGGGUUUUCUUAGGACAACUGUCAAAGCAUCAACCAUUUUUCGAUUUCAGUUGGACUUAGAAAAGAAUAUUGGGAGCAAUACAACUCUUGAUGGUUUGUUGGAAGACUGGAGGACAAAGCCAACAGUUGAACGGGUUUGGUUUGAAAUAAUGGCUAGAGUUGAAGCUGGGAAGCUGAGGCUUAUAACGGCUAAAAAGGUCAGACCUUUUGUUCAAGUAGAUUCAGCUUCAUGGAGUAAUUUAAUGUCUAAUAUUUCCUUUACAAAAUUCCCGUCUAUUCUUGUGCCUCCUGAAGCCCUGACGCUAGAUGUGAAAUGGUAGGGCGAAACUUUUGUAAAUAGUUUUUAUUUAGAUUAUUUACAUAUGAAAGCAAUAUGCUUGCCAUUGACAUGCUGUCCCUUGCUUAAUGAUGUCUGUAUUUAUAUUGUACAUAAUGUUGCAAAAUUUUUCAACAGGAAUUUAAUGAACUCUUUUAUCUGCUAUUAA